AAGUAAAACGUCAGCAGCUCUAGACCGUGUACGGCGCAUGAGCGAGGAAGUGAAUUGAACCGUUGAUGUUUUCUGAGGAGGUAAAACAGUUAGCUUAGCCACUUAAUAUGGCGUCUAAACGUUCCUUCUCUGAGGAGGACUUCACGUGCCCUGUGUGUUUUGACGUGUUUAAGGAGCCCGUGCUCCUGUCGUGCGGUCACAGCGCGUGCACCACGUGCGUUAACCAGUACUGGGAAACCAAAGGACACCAAGAGUGUCCUCUUUGCAGGAAACGCUCCACUAGAAACCCUCCUAUCAACCUGGCUCUGAAGAACCUGUGUCAGACCUUCCUGGAGGUCCGAGGAGAUCCCGAGACGCUCUGCGACAUCCACAGAGAGAAGCUGAAACUCUAUUGUGUGAAUGACGGACAUGCAGUGUGUUUAAUCUGCAGAGAUUCUAGAAAACACUCACAACACUGCUUCAUCCCUGUCGAAGAAGCAGCUUCUGAACAAAAAGAUAUUCUUAAGGCUGCAGUGAAUACGUUGAAAAUGAAAAUGAAGAGCUUUCAAGACGCCAAAGUUAGUUUACAUAAAAAUGUUAAUCACAUACAGCAACAAGCCAAGUACACAAAGGAGCAGAUUAAGGAGGAGUUUGGGAAACUUCAUCAGUUCCUGCAACUCGAAGAGGCAGCAAUUAAGGCUACACUGGAGGUGGAAAUAAGGCAAAAAAUAGAGAGUCUUGAAAACAAAAUAGAAAAUAUCAAACAAGAGGUACUGUCUCUCUCCAAGACUAUUAGAGACAUGAAAGUUGAAUUACAAUCUGAUGACAUCAGAUUCCUGAAGAAUUUUGAGACAAAUCUGGCGAAUGCCCAGUACAAAGAGUCAAAUCUACAUGUUUCUUCAGGAGAAGUAAUUAGUGUUGCGAAGUACCUAGGCAAUCUGCAGUACCAGAUCUGGAACAAAAUGCAGAGCUUCAUCAGAUACACACCUGUUGUCUUGGACCCAAACACGGCUCACUCUCAACUCAUCCUGUCUCCAGAUUUGACCAGCGUGAGAGACCGUGAUGAUGACCAUGAAGACCAGACUGACUUGAAUUGUCCACCGGUUUUGGACACUCCUAAGAGAUUUAGGAGUUUGUGUGUGCUGGGUUCUAAGGGCUUCUCUUCAGGGCUGCACUGUUGGGAUGUUGAUGUGGGAAACAACACCUUCUGGAUGCUCGGAGUGACCACAGAGUCUGUACAGAGAAAAGAACCCACUGUUUUUCCCAGCGGAGCGUGGGGCAUUGGGUAUGAUGACCAAAAGCUGUGUGCUCGGUCUCCUUCAGAACCAUAUACUCCUCUGGCUUUGGCUGCCAAACCCCAGAAGGUCAGAAUUCGUUUAGAUCUGGAUUCAGGGGAGGUGUGGUUCUUGGAUCCUGCCAGCAAUGCUGUUAUCCACAUGUUCUCACACCACUUCACUGAGAAAGUCUUUCCAUUCUUCCACAGCAUGUGCAGUCUGUCUCCUCUGAAGAUCAUGCCUCUCCAGCCUUUUGUGGUCCUGCAAAAGCUCUCAGAAUGCUCUUAAGGUUUCUGCAGGUUGUAAUAGCAGGGGUUCAUGCUGCUGUGUGACAUUAUGGACAGUGGAGUUACACAUCAUGAUACUUAUUUGUUUUGGUCCACAACUAAAGACAAACAGAAUGUAGUAUGACAUCAUUAUAUCUGGGACUUGAUACAUCAUAUUUAAUACAUGUUUAAUGGUAUACUUUAAACUGCUAGUUUCUUCCAAUGAUUACUUACAACUUUCUGUUUUCCAAAGGUGUUUCCAUUAUGAAACUCAAGUGGACACACAGGUGAAAAGAGGUCUAUUAAUAAGACUAAAUGCAAGUACUAGCUUUAUUUUACUCGACAAAGCAACACUGUGAUCUGGCUUGUAAAUCACUCACAUGAUUAUUGGAUCUAUAGUAGUUUUUCAUACUCUUAGGUAAUACUCAAGCAGUGUGUCCAAGUAUAUUGAUGAUUAGCUGGUGUAUUCUGUCUCAUUUAAAAAAUAAACUGAUUUAACAUUCA